AUGGAGCGCGACGCCGCUACGCUGCCGCUGGCCGAGCAGCUGCUGCUGGCACAAAUUGUAUGUCAAAGCGGCGCGAAGGAACCAGACUGGACGUCUGUCUCUUCUGCCAUGAGCGCCCUCCCGUGGCGCACCGAGUUACAGCGCCUGCACGGCGCGGGGGCUGACGCACCAUUGGCGGCCCCUGCACCGAGCGCUGAGGCGUGCGAGCAAGCAUGGAAAGCCAUGCUCCCUGCGCAAGUGCAGGGCGAUAGUGUGUAUAUGCGGCAUCCGGCGACGCAGCUUGGCCUGGUACAGCAGCUCUAUGCAGCUCGCCUCGAGGCUCUCCUGCAGCAGCUCCGAGACAAGGAGCAGACCUUUCAUGGCGCGCUCGACGAGGAGCUGAAGCAAACGCUGCUUCCCCCCGCCCCUGAGCCGCAGCCGGCGCCGGCGCCGAGCGCGGCCCCAGAGACACCAGCGGAAGAGGCGGUGGCCGAGGCGGACACGGGUCCUGCCUCGGACCGCGCCGACGUGGACGACGACCGGCAGGUGGAGCAGGACCUGCUGGGCGACAUGGCCGAGCCCGCGACGGACGAGUCGGAACGGACACCCCAUGCGACGCACACGACGUAUCGAGGGCGAUCACGGCGCUCGCGCUCGCGUACGACGCGGGAAGACCCUCCGUCCCACUCACCGACACCGCCGUCUUCACCGCCUCUGUCGUCAAGUCUUGCACGGCGCAGCACAGCGCGGGCAGUUGACACAGACGCCGAGAGUACAGUGUCGGAGGCAGAGCGCGACAAGAGCCGGCGGCGCACGGCGCAGCUGCUGCUCAUGCUCUACAACCAGGUGUCGAACCACACGCAUGCCAACCUCUUCCACCAAGCUAUCAAGGAGGUGGACGCACCCGACUACUACUCGCUGAUCAAGCAGCCGAUCGACCUCAAAGUGAUCAAGCAGCGCAUCAAGGAUGGGCAGAUUGCAUCGUCACUCGAGCUGCGGUGGGCGCUCUCGCUCAUGUUUGCGAAUGCGCUUAUGUACAAUCAGCCGGGCACCGAGGUGCACCGCAUGGCCAACGAGAUGCGCAUGGCCACCGACGAGAUUUUGGACGAGUUUGACCGCACGCCGAGGGGCGCGUAG